GGGCAGUUCUUCUUGUCUUUAGUUGGCGAUGUUCUCUGUCAAAUUUGUUUCCCCUUUGUGGUUGUAAAGUUACCGGGUGUUUGUGUCGCUUUUCUGCAAUCAAGAGAGUCCAGCUGCUGGAGACUGCUCUCACGUGCAGUGCUGAAACACAGAGCCCGGAUCCGGACUGAGGCGAGUUUAGAGCUGCGAUUCUCGCGUUGUUUGCGAACAUCCGGUAGCUUUCCUUAUUCCCCUUUUGCUCGCUCUCCGUGUGAUUGGUUCCUCAUUCCUCCCGUGUGUUUCGCAGAAUCUGUUUCGGCUUCCUCCGUGAGUGAGAAACUUGUACUCGUGUGUCUCCCGCUGGACUUCCGUCCUUUCGCUGCGCGUUUUCGCAGCUUUUGCGGAAAAGGCGCAAGUUAGCUGCCGUCUGAGAGCUUCGUUUCACAUUUCCCCUUUUCCGUGGAAGAUAAUCGCGCAAGAACCACCAUUUGUCUCCACAGUCUUUUCUGCUGUUUUCCGUCGCGGUUUGCUGUCCCCGUCGCUACUUUUUCUCAGCGGUGGAGUGGGGCUCACUGCCGUCCUCUUCGAUUUUCCUCUUCAUUUUCUUCGAAACCGCGGGGGGAAACAACUUUCUCGGCAUCUCAGUCACGGCCUGACUCGGAAAAGGACUGCUUUCUGGUCAGCGCAAUCGGUUUUUCUGGAAAAACCAUCCUCUGUCUGUCUAAGAGUCGCCAACAUGUCGUCGUGGGAGGACGAGGCUGACGAAAUUUUGGAGGCGGAGGAGAGGAGGAAACAAGAGGAGCAGCAAAAGGCAGCGGCUGCUGCGGCCAAGAGGGUAGCAAAUGACGCAAGACGCGGAUUUGCAGAUGACUCCGACGCGCCUCUCUCUGACCCUCUCGCCGAGAAGAUGCGGAGGCAAAAAUUGGUUGAAGAGGCGGACAAGAGACUGAUGGACGACUUGUUUUCUGGAUGCGAAAGACCUGCAGAUUACGUUCCACCCACAGCUGCUUCUGCAGUUGCUGCUGCGGCGCGGGCAAAGAUGACGAAGGCUGCUGCGCCUGUCGUCGACCCCGUUGACGCUGUCGCCCUUCGAAGUUACAAAGACUGCGAGCAGUUUGCGACGAAACUCGGCAAGAAAAUUCGAGAGAGCCCCGCGAAGAGCCCUGCGUGGCUCAGGCUUCUCGAUCUCCUCAUCAAGGACUGCAGUCCGAAAAUGGACAUGAAGGACCUGGUGUCUCUCCAGAAAAAGCUGCAGAGCGCCGUGGCGGAUCGCGAGAAAGAGUCCAAGCAAAUCGUGGAGAAGAAGAAGAAGCCCAACGACGUCGGUUCCAAGAUGAAGAACUACCAAGACGAAGUGGACAUGCUGUACGGUGACCUUUCGCAGGACGAGGAGGACGACGACGAAGAGGCGUUUUUGUAAGAAACUUGCUGAAACAAGGAACCAUUAUUUUCUCACCGCGACGUUCCGCACGUGGGUGGGUGCCCAGGACCUUCUGGAAUUUCUGCUGUCGUAUUGUACUAGGAUCGCGGGACCCUUUUUUAUCGUUCUCUUUUCUACCGUCUCUUUUCUCUCUAGCGCUCUCCCCGGCUUCAUUGUUUUCCGUAACGCGCGAGUCUUUAAGUCGGCAAGUUCGUGCGUGCAGAGCGCUUCCAGAAAAGUGCUCGAAGCGACCGCCGCCACCGAGUUGAGAAAAAUGCAUGCUCUUUCUCUUCGCACAUGGGAAGAACCUAGCCUCUCUCAAGACACAUCCGAACUGUAGACUUGAGACCUAGCUCGC